GAGAGCAUAAUGAUAAAUUGAAGAGAGAUAUGAUGCGUAUAGUGAGAUGCCACCAAAGUCUUAUCAGAAACUUCAAGGACUGUGAAAUGAGUUCCGGAUUUGCUCUGAUUCUGAUAAGUUUGGUGGUAUUCAUUGACACCUGUACUGAGUUCUACGUAGUUAUGAAGGCAGAUAAUCUAAAAACCUCAUUGAAUUAUGGCAUGUCAAGUUUACUGGUAAAUUUGGCCGUCCUCUAUCCCUAUCACACAGGCCAACGUAUUGCUGAUCAGAACGAUAUUCUCCGCCAACACUUGAGUAAUCUUCCUUGGAUUGACAAGCCCAAGUGGUUCAAGAAUACAUUGCACAUCAUGAUGAUACGCGCCAAUGUAGACAUUGUCAUGAAGCCUUUUGGGGUUCAUUAUCUGAAUCACGUGUCGUUCAAAAAUAUGAUAAGAGUUUCUUCUUCAUUUGGGAACUUCCUCUACAACACAAGAUUGGAAAAAUCAUGAAUCAUUACAAAACUAAAAAGAAGAAAUAACAUAAUUUGAGAGUUGAAGA